GGGUGGACGGCUGAUUGCUUCUGCCUGAUGACGUAUUUUUUACCGCGCCAGUUGUGUUUUUCUGGCGCCGCGGUUGGUGUGCCAUGGCGCCGGUAAGGCAUGCAGCAAGGAGGCAGAGAGGGAGCUUUGGGACGCGUGGCGAAGGAGUUUCACUGGUCGGAUUCAGAAAUAAGAAUAUGAAACGGAGGACGUGGCGACCUAAUCAUCCGCAAGCCUUCGCGGGGAGCGUUCGCGAGGGACAAGGCUUUGCAUUUCGAAGAAAACUAAAAAUUCAGCAAAAUUACAAGAAGUUGAUAUGGAGGGAAAAGAAGGCUCAAACCUCACGGGAAUCCCAGUUCACAGAUCGGUACCCUGAUCAUCUGAAACAUCUCUAUUUAGCUGAAGAGGAAAGACUCAGGAAGCAGCUUAGAAAAGCUGACCAGUCUUUGUUAGAACAAGUUGACCAGCCUCUGUCAGAAGAACAAGUUGAUCAGCCUUUGCCAGAAGAGCAGUGUAGCAUUGACCAGGCUUUGUCUGAAGAACAUUGUAGCAUUGAGCAGCCUCAUGCAGAAGAACAAUGUAGCAUAAGAAUAAAUUCCAUUACUAUUCCAAAGAAAAAUAAAAAGAAAACAUCAAAUCAAAAAGCACAGGAAGAGUAUGAGCAGAUACAAGCUAAGCGUGCUGCUAAGAGACAAGAAUUUGAGAGGAGAAAACAAGAGAGAGAAGAAGCUCAAAGGCUCUACAAAAAGAAGAAAAUGGAAGUGUUCAAAAUAUUGAACAAAAAGACUAAAAAGGGGCAGCCAAACUUGAAUUUACAAAUGGAGUAUCUUCUAAAAAAAAUACAAGAAAAAAAUUAGGUCAGACAUGUUGCCUGAUUAAUCAAGUGUUAAAAUAUCUGCUGGCUAUUGAGUUCUCUUGUAUAUGUACUGUCCCUCCUAACAGUUAACUAAAUUUGUCAACACAGACUGGAUUGCUAAGCUAUACUCAAUAUAAAAUGUCCAAUAUGUUUGUUUUUCUAAAAGAAAAUUUUCUAUAUAUGGUCUGCAUUAUAUAUGAUUUGUUUCUUAUUUAUUUGCUGCUGAAGGAAGGUUGGCCUUAAAAACUGGAAGAGGGAACUUCCCUGGCAGUCCAGUGGUUAAGACUCCACGCUUCCACUGCAGGGGCCACAGGUUCCAUCCAUGGUCGGGGAACUAAGAUUCUGAAUGCUGCUUGGUAUGGCCAAAAAAAAAAGGAACUGAAAGAACGUGCUAUUUGAGCAACAGAUUCAAGCAUGUAAUAACUUUUAUACCAUAUGAAAUUCAGAUGAAAUAAAGUGUUUGUUUUGAAAAUAA